AGUUACAGAGAGCGACAGAGAGAAAGGUCUUCCUUCAGUUGGUUCACCCCCUAAAUGGCCGCUACAGCCGGCACUGCGCCGAUCCAAAGCUAGGAGCCAGGGGCUUCCUCCUGGUCUCCCAUGCGGGUACAGGGGCCCAAGCACUUGGGCCAUCCUCCACUGCCCUCCUGGGCCACAGCAGAGAGCUAGACUGGAAGAGGAGCAACUGGGACUAGAACCCAGCGCCCAUAUGGGAUGCCGGUGCCGCAGGCAGAGGAUUAACCGAGUGAGCCAUGGUGCCGGGCCCCUCGAUCUGCUUUGAUAGCCAUAGAACAACUCUCUUUUCCUGGGUUCAAGCCAACCUUCUAGAGACAAGAAGGCAGUGAAAGGGAUCCCUGAGUCUGUGUUACUAAGUAGCAUAGCUCCAGUCCCUUCUUGCAGCCCUCAUGGGACAUGGUCUCCAGGCUCCUCCCCAUCCUGAAUGUGCCCUUGGACUUGACCCGGUCAGUCACUCCUUUCUCUGUUCUGUACCCUAAUCUACUGGCAGGUAGGCCUCUGUGUAUGCAGGCUGCAUGCUGAUACUUUAUACAAGUCUUGUCUACAUCUCUUUUGGAUUGAUUGUGCUUUCACAGGAUUAGCCAGUUCUUUAAUGGGCCCAACAGACAUAUUCAGUCCAGCUUCCACAAAAAAGGGCCAGAUCCCAUUCUGCUCUCCCCUUCUCCCUCCCAAGAGAAGUGUCUGUAUUCCUGGACACAGCCCUCCAUAAGAUCCCCAUACCCCUCCCCCUCUCCUGGCAAGGAAGCUGCUGUGGGCUGACCUCAGCCACUAUCACUUCUUACCUUUGCAGAGUGUUCUGGGACUUGUGACAUGGCCUUGUUGGUCCUAGGAAGGCCCUGUGCCUGGGCAGGCGUGGAGAACCGGGCUGUGUGGGCGGAAGGCAGGCUCUGAGGAGCUGGGGGUGGGACCCUCCAGUCUGAGAACAGUCUCAGUGUGGCUGGAGUCCUCAACCCAAGCUCCAGAUUCUUCCGCACCCAAUAUUCACUGGAAAAGGCUCCACUUUUCCAAGCCCAGGUAUCCCAGCAGGCCCCAAGUUGUGUCCCUUGCCCUGCUUGGACCACUACCUACAGGAUGUUCUCUGCGACCUCCCAGCCUUUGGACCCCGAUGGGACCGUGUUCCGGCUCCGCUUCUCGGCCGUGCUCUGGUGGAUCAUCACUUUCCCCAUGUUCGGCUUCUUCUUCUGCAUUAUCUGGUCCCUGGUGUUCCACUUUGAGUACACGGUGGCCACUGACUGUGGGGUGCCCAAUUACCUGCCAUCAGUGAGCUCGGCCAUCGGCGGGGAGGUGCCCCAGCGCUACGUGUGGCGCUUCUGCAUCGGCCUGCACUCAGCACCCCGCUUCUUGGUGGCCUUCGUCUACUGGAACCACUACCUCAGCUGCGCCUCCCCGUGUCCCGUCUACCGCCCACUCUGCCGCCUCAACUUCGGCCUCAACGUCGUGGAGAACCUCGCGCUGCUUGCACUCACCUACGUCUCCUCCUCCGAGGACUUCACUGUGCAUGAGAAUGCUUUCAUUGUGUUCAUCGCUGCCUCCCUCGGUCACAUGCUGCUCACCUGCAUUCUCUGGCGGCUAACCAAGAAGCACACAGUAAGUCAGGAGGACCGCAAGUCCUACAGCUGGAAGCAGCGGCUCUUCAUCAUCAACUUCAUCUCCUUCUUCUCGGCCCUGGCUGUCUACUUUCGGCAUAACAUGUACUGUGAGGCUGGAGUGUACACCAUCUUUGCCAUCCUGGAAUACACUGUUGUCCUAACCAACAUGGCGUUCCACAUGACAGCCUGGUGGGACUUCGGGAACAAGGAGCUGCUCAUAACCUCUCAGCCUGAGGAAAAGCGAUUCUGAACCCUUCUCUCUUGCUGUGAAAGAGACAACCUGCUGCCCAGAAACAAGAUACCACUCUGGCCUUC